AUGGGUUUUGCACCUUCGCUCGCACAUACGGACGCGCCUUCACUUAGGCUUCAAACAAGGCUUGGCCGCUAUGCUUAUCCUUUAUAUGGUUAUCAUCGGAUUACCGGCGAUCUGUGCCUCGCACGGAGAGAGACGCGUGCGGCGCGUUCUGCAAAGAAACACCGCUGGUCUCUGAUAGUGCUCUAUAGCUUCGCAGCUUCUGUAGUCGUACGAAGCAUAGGUACAAGGGACGGAGAGCAUGAACGCAACAGGGCCAUCCAAUCCAGUACGGCGUACAUAUCCCGCAAAAGUCCGACUAUAAAUGCCACUGCAGUAGACACGAAAGAGCUGGGUGUUCUUAUGCUCUUGGCCACGCUAGGAGUCAUCGCGAUGCAUGCAGCCUUCCUCCUCUUCAUUGCUUCGUUCGCUCGUGCUUCGCCUCUUCAUUCCCGCCACAUACUCGACCGCCGUGACGCCGCACCUUCUGGGUUCGUCAAGGUCGCCAGAGCACCAUCGGACACGACGUUUGAGAUCCGCAUACAGCUCACGAACUCGGAUAUCACCGGACUUGAGGACCGGCUCAAGAUUGUCAGCAGUCCAUCCAGCUCGGAGUACGGCAAAUGGCUUACCAGAGAGGAGGUUAACGUCUUCGUCGCACCUACACAAGAGUCCCUGAGCGCCAUCAACGCCUUUCUCGCUACUCACAACCUUGUGGCCAUCCCCGUAUCGCCGGCGGGCGACAUUGUAGCCGUGAAUGUCACCGUGGCGCAGGCCAACUCCCUCUUUGAUACGGAGUACUACACCUUCAUGUCGACCGACACCGGCGAUACGACUGUGCGCACACUCGAGUACUCGAUCCCUGCAUCGCUCAAGGGACACUUGAGUUACAUCCACCCCACCACGAUUUUCCCGACCUUCCAGGCGAAGAGCACUGUGCUGAAAGUUACUCCCCUGAGUUCCGUGACCGAUGCGCCGAUCCAGACAAGAUCCACAGACCCGAAGUACGACUACUGCAAAGAAUACAUCACACCGGCGUGUAUUGAGCACAUGUACGGUCUUCCAACCGACCCCGCGACAGCCAUUGCCAACGCCAAUGAUUCUAUCACCGUAACGGCCUACGACUUGGAGUACGUGCAGAAGGAUGACCUGAAGAUGUUCCUCGAAGAGUUUCGUCCCGAUGUAGAUCCGGAAACCAGCUACACCGUCAAGGGUAUCGCGGGAGCGUUCGAUCCUCAAGGUAUCGACUACGCCGGAGUCGAGGCUGACCUCGAUGUCGAGUAUGCUAUUGGGCUCGCCACGGACAUACCGCUCGACUUCGUGAGCGUGGGCUUCGGCGUCUACAACGAUGGAGCUGGUGGUUUCUACGCAACAGCCCAGAUUCUUGCCGCGCACAGUGACACAUCGCAUGUUGUUACGACUUCUUACGGCGGGAAUGAGGACGAACUUACUAUCGAAGUCGCGCAGGCUCUCUGUAACACCUAUCUUCAGCUGUCCGCAAUGGGCAUCACGGUCAUAUUCUCCUCCGGAGACGGCGGUGUCUCUGGAGGCCAAUCGCAGACGUGCACAACGUUUGUCCCCACAUUCCCAUCCGGGUGUCCCUAUGUCCUUUCAGUGGGCGCUACUCAAUAUAACGGCACAGAGGUUGCGGCGGAGUUCUCCUCCGGAGGGUUCUCCAACAUCUUCCCUCGCCCGUGGUACCAGGAGAAGGAGGUCUCUUCAUAUCUGAAGGACCUCGGCGACACAUACACGGGCUUGUACAAUGCAUCGGGCCGUGGCUUCCCUGACGUUGCUGCCAUCGGACACUACGCUGCUAUUGCGUACGCCGACGAGUGGGCGCUCGUGGAUGGCACAUCGGUCUCUGCACCUGUAUUCGCGGCGACCAUCGCCAUCCUCAACGACAAGCUGCUCGCAGCGGGCAAACCGACACUGGGCUUCAUCCAACCGCUGUUGUACGAGAACCCUCACGCCCUCACUGACAUCAAGUACGGCAAUAACCCGGGUUGCGACACUGAUGGUUUCUCCGCGAGCAGUGGUUGGGACCCCGUGACGGGCCUCGGUGUGCCCGACUUCGACAGCAUGAUGAAGGCCAUUGGCUUCCAUAAAUAG